GUGAAGCCAUGACGCCGUCACAAGUACUCGGAACCUGUCUGCUGAAGCUCUCCCUCAGCCUAUACGCACAACUACAUACCGAGCACAAUGACGACAAUGUCCUUUUCUCACCGUACAGCCUAGGCAUCGCACUUUCCCUGAUUCGGGAUGGCGCCCGCAGAAUAACCGAGCGCGAGAUCUCCGACAUGUUCCAGUACCAUUACAACUUACACGAGCACUUUAAGAAGUUUCUCAGUGAUGUCGGAAGUUACGCUCCAAACGUCACUUUCUACGUGGCGAGCCGAAUGCUAAGUGACUAUCGGUAUAAGGUCCAGCAAGAGUACAUGUCGCUUCUGGAGGAUUACUACAACACAUCCGUGCGGUUGGUGGACUUCAAAGAGAGAGCCGAAGGCGUUCGCAUCGAUGCCAACGCCUGGGUCUCGAAGCACACUAGGUACAAAAUCAAGAAUUUGCUGCCUCCCGGGAGCUUCAGUACGAUGACCACGCUCGUCGUGAUGAACGCCAUUUAUUUUAAGGGUUUCUGGGAAUUCCCAUUCCAGCAGACGCUUUCGAGGCCACAGGCGUUCCAUCUGGACUCCAGCAGGAGUGUGACAGUGAAAAUGAUGAACCAGAUGGGAAGCUUCAAGGUCGGCCGUUCUGAGGAAUUAAAGUCCAGAGCUGUAGAAAUGUUGUACAAAGGAGGCAAAUGUUCGAUGGUAAUCAUCCUCCCAGACGACGUGGAAGGACUGUCUCUUUUGGAAGAGAAACUGUCGGAGUCAAGCCUAGGCUCGCUACUCGGAAAUCUCACCUUGGACAAUGACGUGCAGUUGACCGUUCCCAAGCUCAAGCUCGAGGUCGGUCAAUCCAUGAAGGACACCCUCAGGGCUAUGGGCGCUAAAAACUUGUUCGAGGAAGACGAAGGAGACCUGUCGGGAAUCUUCGAAGAAGUAAUGACGGCCUUGUCUGACAUGGUACACAAGGUGUUGCUUCAAGUGGACGAGGAAGGCACUGAGCCUGCCGCGGCUACGGCGACAGUUGCGGUCGGGAGUGCCAUUUCUUCGCCAGGUCGAGUGACACCUUUUGUCGUUGAUCAUCCCUUCAUGUUUCUCAUCAGGAGCAUCGAGCCAGACAUGCUUUUGUUCAUGGGUUCGGUGCGCAAGUUGUGAGGCCUGGGGACGAUUGCGAAUCUGCCAGGACCUAUAGUGUGUGACAUUUUACAAGUCGCUACGAACUCAGAUAUCAACGGGACUUCAGUGACGAAAAUCAAGGUGUUGAGACGUAAUUCAAGAAAGACUACGCAACUGUUUGUACAGCUUUUACAGAACAGCUUAUGCAGAAAGACUACGGAACUGUUUAUAUAGAUUCAUAGCCUUAUGCGUCGUCCUUAACAUUGUAUAAUCUUUUAUUUCCGUGUACAUGUUGUAUUUCUUAUAACUAAGAGUUUGGUAU